AUGAGGCAUUCGGGUCUCGUGUGUCGAGAGAACGACAACGUAUGGCAAAACUGCGGCAGGUGGUUCACGUCGCUGGACCAACUGGCGCGCCACGUCAAGCAGCUCCACGCCGCAUCCGGUCCCCGUGGACUUUUCUACUGCGGCUGGGAAGGAUGCCAGAGGGGCGAGCGUGGAUUCAAUGCGAGGUACAAAAUGUUGGUUCACGUGCGGACCCACACGAACGAGAAGCCGCACCACUGCUUCCAGUGCGACAAGAGCUUCAGCCGAGCCGAAAACCUAAAGAUCCACGCGCGCUCGCAUACGGGCGAGCGGCCCUACGUGUGUCCAGUCGAGGGCUGCAACAAAGCUUACUCCAACUCCUCGGACCGCUUCAAGCACACGCGCACCCACGCCGUCGACAAGCCCUACUGUUGCAAGAUCCCCGGCUGUCCGAAGCGCUACACCGACCCCUCCUCCCUGCGCAAGCACGUCAAGACCUACCGCCACUACGUCGGCGCUACCGGCACCACCAACAACAACAACAACCACGACGGUAAGCUGCUGCUGCUCGAGAAGAGCAUCGUCCAGCCAACUGCCCGCCAAGAGGACGCGCAACUCAUUGCCCCUGCCAAGAUCUCGCCGCGCGACGUCAGUCCCGAAAAGAGCACCGCGAGCAGCUCCAGGUCGGACUCCUCCGACAAGAAGGACUCUAGUCUCGAGAGUAACGUCACCAGCAACAACACCUCCGUCGUUUCGUCCGUCAGCACCGAAAGUCCAAAGGCAGCGUCGUCGACGAGUUUCGACGAUCAGCAAAAGUUCACCGAGUGGAACAACGUGUACAGCAAUCUGCCGGAGCGCAAGGACCAGCACGAGACCGUUCACCAGCCCACGGCGUCGCCCACGUCUUCGCUCUCGCUCUCGUCCUCCAAGAGCAGCUACGAGCACGAGCUUCAGACCACCGGCCGGUACAGUCACUCGGCCCUCUACGAGGAGUACAUGCACCCCGACCGGCACCUCUCGGCCUUCCGGCCGUCCAGUUAUCCGGCGAUCGACGCAAGGCACUGUCCACCGGCCUCGCCCCCCGAUCACCUGCUCGCGGCGACCCCGCGCAUCGGCAUGCAAUCGACGCCGAUCAAGAGCGAGGACAAAGCCGCCAGCGGCGUCGACUAUCGCAACAUCGAGUCCAUCGUCAACAGUAGCACCAGCAGCAACAGCAUCAGCAGUAGCAACAACAGCGCCAACACGCCCAUCAAAAAGGAGCCCCUGACGACGAGCUACCGCACCACCAGUUCCGUCAGCUCGGUAGCCAGCGAUCUCUGCGUCCGCAACUCUGUGAUAAAGCGUGCCGAUCCGCAGCUGCACUCCCCCGUGUCCUCGGGGGAGGCACCGGUGACCGUCCCCGCCCAGCAAUCGCGUCACUCUCCUGGAAGCGCGACGAGCGAAGCCGAGUGCUGUUGCAGGCACAAGUGCUGCCGGCACGGCGCCGACGACACUCUCAUCGAGUUCACUUGCGUUAUAGUUUAUAAUAUUUGUAUUUAA